AUGUGGCAAAAAGAUUGCAAGGAUGCUGGUAAUAUAGACUUUGACAAAACCGGAUUCAAGCCCCAGCACAAAGUAGACAGUUUGGCAAGCAAUCAAACUGUGGCGGAAGGAAGUGAUGCAGAAUUUUAUUGUCGUACUGAGGCGUUCCCCCUUGCUACCAAGUACAGAUGGUUCAAGGAUGGAAGUCGGAUUUACAAUUCUGAACAUUAUGUCAUCAAGGAAGUUAGUCAUGAAGAGAGUGGGCUUACAGUCAAACAAGCAAACAAGGGAAGUGUUGGCCAAUACUCUUGUGACGGAGAAAACGAUGUUGCAAUUGGAGGGAGAAAGUCUACUUUUCUUAGAGUGAAGUACGCUCCUCAGCGAAUCGUUGUGACUUCAGAUCCUGCUGUGGUGUCUCUUACUCAGAACAUAACAUUGCUUUGUCAGGCCGAUGGUUUGCCAGAACCUUCGUUUUCGUGGAAAUUUAAUGGAAAUCUUGUGAAUGGAGCUGUGCAAAACGCUUUUACAGUGACAAAUGUAGUGUUAGACGAUACUGGCAACUACACAUGCGUAGCAGCAAACGAUCUUGGUGUCAAAGAGUCUACAAGAGUAGUUAAUGUGGAAUGUGAAUGA